GGCGGGCAGGGGGCUCGGCGCGCCCGGGCGUCAGUCGGGCCGCGGCGACGGCGGCAGGAGCGCGUCCCGGCGCCGCCUCGGGGUUGCUGGGUUCCUGGGCUGCUCUGGGAAGAGGAAAGCGAGGCGAGGUGCAGGGCCCGCGGGCCGGGCGCAUGGCUUAGGGACGUCCCGCUUGCCGCGCCCCCAGCAUGGGGAAACUUCACUCCAAGCCGGCCGCCGUGUGCAAGCGCAGGGAGAGCCCGGAAGGUGACAGCUUUGCGGUGAGCGCUGCCUGGGCUCGGAAAGGCAUCGAAGAGUGGAUCGGGAGGCAGCGCUGCCCCAGCGGCCUCUCGGGACCUCGGCAGCUGCGUUUGGCAGGCACCAUUGGUCGAGGCACCCGGGAGCUCGUGGGCGAGGUUUUCAGAGAAGGGCCAAGUGAGGAGGAGGAAGAGGACUUCCGGCUAGAAGUGGCCCUGCCACCCGAGAAGACUGACGGCCUGGGCAGUGGAGAUGAGAAGAGGAUGGAGAAAGCCAGUGACUCUUGUCCAGCCUCCAAGAAGCAGCUGAAAUUUGAAGAGCUACAGUGUGAUGUGUCCGUGGAGGAGGACAGCCGGCAGGAGUGGACCUUCACCCUGUAUGACUUUGACAACAAUGGCAAGGUCACCCGCGAGGACAUCACCAGCUUGCUGCACACCAUCUAUGAGGUGGUCGACUCCUCCGUGAACCACUCCCCAACAUCAAGCAAAACGCUGCGGGUCAAGCUCACUGUGGCCCCAGAUGGGAGCCAGAGCAAGAGGAGCGCCCUUCUCAACCAGGCUGACUUGCAGAGUAUGAGGCCCAGAGCAGAGACCAAGCCUGCUGAGGAGCUUCGAAGCUGGGAGAAGAAGCAGCGAGCCCCCCUCAGGUUCCAGGGUGACAGCCGCCUGGAGCAGUCUGGCUGCUACCAUCACUGUGUGGAUGAGAACAUCGAGAGGAGAAACCACUACUUAGACCUUGCGGGGAUAGAAAACUACACAUCCCAGUUUGGGCCUGGCUCCCCUUCAGUGGCCCAGAAGUCAGAACUGCCCCCCCGCACCUCCAACCCCACAAGAUCUCGCUCCCAUGAGCCGGAAGCCAUCCACAUUGCACACCGGAAGCCCCAAGGUGCAGACCCAGGCUCCUUCCACUUCCUUGACACUCCAUUCGCCAAGGUCUCAGAGCUCCAGCAGCGGCUCCGAGGCGCCCAGGACGGGAGCAAGCACUUUGUGAGGUCCCCCAAGGCCCAGGGCAAGAGCAUGGGUGUGAGCCACGUGUCCAGAGGGGCCAGAAGCAAACCCCCUCUGGCACCUGCUAUUCCUGCUGUGCCAUCCUCUGCCCACCUGGCUGGCAGCCCUGCCCUUCUCCCCAGCCUGGCACCCCUCGGGCACAAGAAGCACAAGCACCGAGCCAAGGAGAACCAGCCGGGAUGCCGGGGCCUGCAGGCACCACUGGCCCCUGGGAGCACCGUCUUGGGACGGGAGCAGGUGAGGGAGCUGCCCGCCGUGGUGGUGUACGAGAGCCAGGCCGGGCAGGCGGUCCAGAGACACGAGCACCACCACCACCACGAACAUCACCACCAUUACCACCACUUCUACCAGACCUAGAGCCUCCCCAGGGCCUUUUGCCAUAUGAAGGACCUGCCCCGAUGCCCCAAGGCAUUAUUAUUCUAUUAAUUAUUGUUAUUAUGAUGAUUAUUGUUAUUAAUAAUUAUUGUUACUCCACUAAUAUUUAGCUAGCCUUCAUGUAGAAGAUAUAUGGAAACACAGAACUAAACUUUAAUUUAUAUGUCAUGGGGACUAUGUAACUUCCCUGAGAACUGACUCUGGGUUGGGACUACAGCCACAGGAGCCCUCAGCCCCGACCCUGCCCUCUGGCCUUUACAGGAGAACCCCUUUCCCCGCCCAGCUUCAAGGCCCUCAAAAUCUCCAAUAAGACCAACAGCUGCUACCUCUUAGUUACUCCGAUUCAGUUUUGCCCUUAACUGAUUGCAUUGUGCUCCCAGGGAUUUCAGUGGACUGCAGAUGUACAACCUCCUUGCUGUUGUUUUUAUGUCCCCAACUCGGAACCUUAGCUGUCCUUUCUGGAAUCACCUUUCAUGCCUUUCCAGUGGGAUCACGCUCUUGCCUCAAACCAGCCUCUUUUUGCCAUGUGCAACACAAAAAUACACUCCUCCUCCUCUUCCUCCUCCUCCUUCUUCCCCCUCUCCUCUCUUCUUUCAAAGAUGAGCACAUAGUCAAGGACUGUCCCUAUAACCAUCCUCAUUUUGGAAACUGCCAGGAAAAACCAACUACGUAAACAUUCAGGUUUUCCGAGCUCGAGCAGUCGUGUGGUGUUCAUUGGGACAGAGCAUGUGGAAACACGGUGUUGCAACAUUAGCAAAUAUAUACCUAUAUGGUUUUGACAGCUUUCUGUGCUCUAGGUAGAUGCAGCUGCCUGUCUCUGUACCUUUUCACAAAUACACUGUCACGUAUCUCUGCUGAUGUGCAGGGCCAGUGUUCUGCUUCUCUGAAUGUUUCCUGAGCACAGGUGCUUGUUGGCGGGGCUGGUGUCCAUCAGAUACAAAUAGCCACUUGCCUGUCCUCACAGGACCUUUCUUAGGGCUUGGAGCCUGCAGAUUUUGGAGAGAUCUGCCAAGGUGCAGAAGCUCAGAGGGCAGUAGGGACAGCAGGCAGAGUUGGGAUCCCAAGGAACCAUCCUCUGUAGAGUAGGGCUUCACAUGGCCAGGACCCGAGGAGGCCGGGAAAAAGGCUACUGUCUACCAGUGUGGUUUCUCUGUAAACAGAUUCCAUACUCAAAUUGGGUAAUUGGAGGAGAGUUAAAUAAAGAGGUUAUAGCCAAAGUGACUGCAGAAUCUCAGGGCUGGCACUGUGAUGGGCUCCUCCCACUCCUGGGCCUGAGGCAAGUCAUCUUCCAGAUAGUGGUGGAUGUGGGGAACCCUGAAGGAUCUAUGAUCUUCACUCUAAGGAUGCAGCCUGCUUUAGGGACCUUCCAGGGCAACAAACAUCCAGACCCUUCACUCAGUCCUGGUGAGACAGCAUUGGCUCAUGACACUGGGGAGCCAGGGGCCAGGAAGCUUGGCCACGAGGGUCUUGAGAGCAGACAGUGAACCUGGACCUCAGCUGCUCUCUUUUCUGCUGCUCUGUCCCCUGACUGGGACCCCUAAGUUAGAUUAAUGUAGUUAGCAAGCAGUUAUUUUUGAAGGUAGCAGGUGUGAGUGGUUACCAUCUUCUGUGAGCUAAUCAGUACAGUCCUCAGGACAUCCCUACAAGGCAGGAGGUGCAAGCCCAGGGCAUGCAUCUAUAGCGCAGAGAGGCUGAGGCCUGCUCUUGAGACCACACAGGAGUUAGCCAUGCUGGGAUUCUGGUCUCCCGUGGGAUCCCUUCACUGCUGGGUAGGUCGUAACCACUGGGUUUGGGUCUCUGCAGUCAGGAUCCACCUCAAGUGAGGUAAAUGUAACCACAGCAGCGAAGGAGGGAGCUGGCUUUAGAGGACAGGAUCCAGGUGUGGAGUAUGCUGGGACUUGGUUUUAUCUUUCCCUGUGGACUCACUGCAUCAGAGGCCCUGGCUGUGGCAUUCUGAGUCUCACACUGGAAGGAAAGGCUCUUCCACUACAGAAAGGCCCAGCAAAGACAAGGAUAGGCUUGUACCGUCCCUGGUCCUGUCACCGUGGCCUGUCUGGGCUCACAUGGCCACUGGAGGCAACCCCAGGAUAUGGGUGCUGAGCAGACAGGACUUACUAGUUCCUAGUCCAGAGUGACUGCAGCAGUGGAACCCGGCCGUGGCGCUGGGCCUGUGGGUGUCAGGGAAGCCAGGCUUUGAGAGGUUGCUUCCUCCUGCCCCACACCUGUCCCGAUUCUGUUAUUGCUGGUCACUGGGGUGUCUCCCAUUUCUAAAAAUCAUUUAUUAAGUAGUAAUGGAUACAAGUGAGAGAUUCAAGUAGUGUGAAAACUGCCCAGUAAAAGUGAACUCACUUCUGUCCCAGCCCACAAGUGUCCGCUGCUGGCUUCCUGGGGCCUCCUGGGCAUGGUAGGUGUGCUGGCUGGGCACACAGUCACUGAUGCCUGGCUUCCAGGCCUGGUGCCCUGUCCAUUGCUGUGCCUCAGUUUCCCCUUGGCAAGCACUAUCGAAGUGUUAGCUGUCCUUUGUUACUAAAUAAUAGCACUUAGGUAAAAUAUCCCCCCGUAUAAGUUUUAUAAUUUUAAAACAUUCCAAACACAGAAUUUGAAACAGAAAAUUGUAUAAUAGUAACUGAACAUACCACCUAGAAUUCACAAAUGCUAGUGUUUUGCGGCAUUAAUUUUAGAUCUAUUUUUAAGAAAGAAAUCCCUAUAGUAACUACUUAAUCCCCUUCACACCCCACCCUUUUAUUUUUACUCAGGAACAGCAUAGUAGUCAUACUUGUGCCCUUUUUCUCUGCAACCUAAUAUAUCUGGAGAUCGUCCCCCUCGGUCAUUGAGCUCUGGCCUCUUCUCCCAACAGCUGUCCACCUUCUCUUGCUUAGAGGCACUGUCCCCUCUGCAGGCCUCUGAGUCAUCUCUCAUCCUGGGCUCUGACAGCCACACUGUAUUUGAGGGCCCUUGUUAGGCCUUGCCUCAGGAUCUACGAGCACCGGUGACAGAAGGGUCAGCACAGCGGCCGAGUUCAAGAGCCAGUGUGAUUGCCAUUUUGGUGCUACUGUGAGUGACCUCUGGAAGUGAUUGUAUGACAUAAUUAGAAAUUGAAGGCAUAGGAAAGAAGAAGGAAGGAAGGGAGAAAAGGGAGGAAGGGCCAGGAGGGGAGGGAAAGCAAGCGAGGAGGGGGAGCCACGUGAGCUCUGCGCCUGUGCUCCGUGGGCCACUGUGCAUGGGAAGAGUGGUCGUGUUUGCCAUGCUGACCCCCACUGCCUAGAACAGGUGGCGCUUCUGAACCCUGAACUCAGCACAGGAGCCUCUGCGGCCUGCAGGAGGACUUGGCUGCCUCAGGCACGCAUGCACACGGCAUUGCUGACGGCUGCAGGAUGGCCCUGCUUUGUUGAUGCAUCACGAGGUGCUGAGGACACGGUGUGCUUAAGGAGACCCCCAGCAGCCAGGGCCAGCUUUCCUCCCAGGGAAUCAGGGAGCAGGGCUUGCAUGUAAUGUGCCAGUUAUACUUUACAGCAGAGCAAGCAGUCAAGACAAGGGUUUUUGCUUUUUGUGGGGGUGCAGGGGGGCUGGUGGGCAUUCACUCCUUUGCUCAACAGUCAGAUCCUAAAUGAUUACCAGGCCAGAGGGAAGUUGGUCUCAGAGGUAGGAGGAGGAUGGGACCACCUGCACCUCAACACUCGGUCUGUCAGAGCCACAUUAAUCACCUGGCUGCUGUGAGGCCCAUCUGGGACCCUGAAAUGCACUCAGAGCCAGCAGGCUGAGAACACCUACCCGACACUCUCAGCUCCUCCUGGAAGAUGGGGCUGCCGACCAUGCAGCAGCAGAUGCUGGGGAUUGUGUGCCCCCCCACCCAGCUGCAGGGCAGCUUGCUGUCCAUCCAGCCACAUGUAGCCCUCCUGCCCUGCCUCUGCUCCCCGGGCAUGUGCAGGGCUGGGUUUUACAGAAUGAGCACAGGUGGUUCAGCCACCAGCUUUGUUGGCUCUGAAAAAUCAUGUCUGGGGCCCCAUUCCAAGACAUCAAACUUCAUCACGUCCCAUAUUCACGGCCUUUUGGGGAUUUGGCCUGGUUCUUCAUCCUAUCAUCUCCCACAGCAGCAGAUCUUUGAACCUAAGCCCUCUUCUCAGGGCUGUCACCUCUGAGUGACUUUCCUGACAAUGGAGGUAUUCCUAGACCCUGCAUAUACUCCGGCAAGUAGAGGGGUAUGAGCAUGAGCCCCCUUAGCACUGGAGAGCCUGGCCUUGGCGCCCAUCCCAGCUCGCUAGCUAGCUGUGUAAGCAGGGCUCUUCCCCACCUUCUCCCAUACAGAACAAUCCUGGCACUAUUAACCCAUGACCCUGGCAGAGAUAAGAGGAUCCCUACUGUGUCUGUGACCUCUGGGCAAGGCUUUGGCCCAGGCCAGCCUGUGGGCAGAGGUAGAGGUAGGCAGAGCCGGGUAGUGUGCAGGGAAGGGCGCUGCUGCAGUAGAGCCUGAAGACCACACAUGGUCUGCACUUGGCACAAGCAGGGUGGAUGAGCAGUGACGUACGUACGGGAGGCAGACCCUGCCCCUCCUGGGAAUCCAGAUACCUCCUGGAUGGUGGAGGAAGUGGCCAUGACUCCCAGGGGACAAGACUGGAGGAUUCUAUAACACGUGUCCUCCAUUAUCCUAAAGCCAUAGCUCCCCAAGAGAGCCAGAGCUGCUGACACCCGCUGUCUUCCAGCUCGGGUGGCUGAGUGAGCCCCGAAGAUCAAGACCUGCACUUGGGAGAUUGGAGAAAACUCUUGAAAACCUCCCUGUCCAAGCUGCACGUGUUUCUUCAUGCCAUGGGCCACGGCAGCCUUGGGAAGUGGGCUGAGAGCAGCCGCCCGUGGUGCUGCCUGGCCGCAGAGCCAGCUCGGCUCCAAGCUCGAGGAGUCCUGCCCUGCCAUGGGGAAGGGCUGCUGUGGAGUCAGCUGUGAGGGCCCUUCUUCAGCUCCCUAUGGGUGGGAAGAAGAGUCUUAGGAGAGGACUAAGGUGGGAGGUGGGAGUCAGGGUCUUAGGAGAAGGACUAAGGUACAAGGUUCUUUGAAGAAUUGCCGGGGACCCAGAGCAAGCCUGGGGAGAAGGCCAAGGGCACCCUGGCUGUCAUUCAGACCUCGAGGUGACAAGCAGAAAAGGACCAAGCCUUCAUGUCCCCCAAGUGUGGAGAGAACUAGUCCUCCCCCACCUGAACUCUGACCUCCACGUGUGCCACCAGAGCAGCACUUUCCCAGGCAUUUCCGAUGGCAGCAUUCUGGAUGCCUCCAACCUUGCUUUUCCUUCCCUAAUGAGGCCUUGCUUCCCAGAGCUGCCCUAGCUGGUGCCCAGUCAGAGGGGCGCAGGCGGCACGAGGAUCGGAUCCCUGGCUCUGGCAUUGCCUUCGCCCGUUCUGCUAGCUCCCUGUGGGCAGGGCCUUCUUCUGAGGCAGUGCUGUUUCCUUAGAACAUGGGCACAUAGUAGGUGAUUAAUAAUUGGAAGCAAGGUAGGAGGGAGAGGCUGGAAGAGCUUACGCCCCUGACCGUGCAUGGCAUCCUCCAGCCUGUGUGCCCUUGACGUUGGGGCUUUCCAAAGCAGGAGCAUUUCAGAUAAAAGUUUGGGAAAGGAACACGUUGCCAAGUUUUAAUUUUGGUAAAUAAGGGUGUUAACAAAAAAAAAAAAAAAAAAAAAAAGGAAGAAGAAAAGAAAAAAAGAACAGAAGGGAAAAAUCCUGUAGUCUUGUAUUAUUUAGAGAUUUGGUUU